AUGGAUGGUGCAAAUUCGAUUUGGGACAUCUAUUCGAAUGCUAAAAAAUUACUUCCACUAUAUGAUAGAAUGGAGAACCGAACACUUCGAGAGGACUCUACGCGUGUUCAGAAGCAACGCAUGCAAGGCUUCGAUAUAGUCAUGGAAGAUUCGGAUAUUUCACUACUGACACCGCUAUCAAACUCUGUCAUUUCAAGCUCUCCAACGUAUUCCAAAAACACUGCUCAAAACAAUUCUACUCGGUCUUCUUCAUCUGCUCAAGGUGAUGUCAAUGGUAAAUCUACUUCUAAAGCAUCCAAGGUCUCAAACGGUAAGGCUAACGGUGGUAACACUAAUGGCAGCAAUAUGAUCACACCACUCUCUAUGAGCUCAGAGAGUCCUAAUAGUGUCAAUAAUACGACUGUCUCUGGAUUUAAGACCAACUCUAAGAGAGAUGAGAUAGUUACAGAUUUGAGCGUUGCAGACUUCUUGGAAUUCAAUAACGAUUCUGCUUUCACUGCCGGUUUAGAUUUUACUAUUCUUAAAGAGCUCGACAAGGUCAACAACAAUCUUGAUGAUGACCUCGAUAAAUUUCCAUUCAAGCCAAAAGUGAUAAAUGCUAAGUCUUCACCUUCUGUUUCAUCCAGUAAUGAGAAUGUUCUUUCUGGUAAAGGUAAUGGGAGCAAUGAUUGUCGGGGAAUAUCGCCCAAAUCAACGAUGAAAUCUUUUGAUAAUUCUGCACAUAAUGACCGCCUCGACGGACAACAGGGACAAGCAAACGACGUUAAAAUUCGUGGUAGCCAGGUAUCGUUGCAUGGUAGAGCUGCUCAAUUGCGGCACGAGGGAAAGUCGUUAACCCCGCCUAACUUAUCUUCUUCUGCUCCAGCGAAGUCUAAUUUCAAAUCUGUUUCAAAGUGCUCCAACUGCGGAACCACCAAAACUCCCUUAUGGAGAAAGGAUUCUCAGGGUAACACUCUAUGCAACGCCUGUGGUUUGUUUCAAAAAUUGCAUGGCACCAUGAGGCCACUUUCAUUGAAGACCGAUGUUAUCAAAAAGAGAAAUUCUAGAAGGCAGAGUAACGCCAGAAGGAACUCUUCUGUGCAGUCGUCACAACAACCUAACUUUGCUCCUUCUUCAGCUCCUCAGGCAAGGGCCACCUCUACAUUCAGGCCAUCGCAGUUUCAGUUUGGAAUACCUCCUAAUGCCACCACUGUUUGCAAUAACUCAUUGGGAUUUCCUCCACAGAAUUUCCAGUUCGCUGCUACAACAUCGAAGCAGUUAUUCCACCAACAACAACUACCACAGGAACUUCAGUUGCAGCAGUUUGAGAUUCAACGGCAACAGCAGCAGCAAUACGCCUCUCAAAGGUCAAAGAACGUUCCCAUAUUACCUAAACCAUCCACUCAUGGAUUUGCAAACUCAAAUACACCUAUUGCAUCAUCGCCUACUCCUGGUAUGACCAAUUCGCCUGGUUCCAUGGGUGUUGCAUUUAGAUAUUCUGCUACAGCUCAACCUCAAGACAUUCCUCAGUUCAAAAGAAGAAAAUCUGUGGUAAAUCUAUCGUCGUCGCAUGAUUCCCAACCUUCCUCUCCGAUGACAUCUUUAUCGGGUAGUGUGGGCUGCUCUCCUUCUGCAUAUUCACCAACGAUGAAUGCUCCUUCGCCUACGCAGGGAUCGAUCGCUCUGUCGUCAAUAUCGAGGCAAAACUCUGUCUCCUCCCUUUCGUCGUAUGGUGGUAUAUAUCAAGAUAUUAGCAGCAAGAGAGGGCCUCCUGCGACGAAUUCUGGAAGUUUUACGAAUAGUUACAAUGGUUACGGAAGUUUCUCGAAUCGAAAUUCUCUGAGUGGUACUAACAUGACCACAAAUACAAAUAACACCGUUCCUAGCGGUGGAUACAAUAUUUCCGCAAGUAUCGGCUCGGACUCCAAGGACUCCUCCCACUUUAGUAAUUUAAGUGCCGGAAUGAACGCUAUUAGACUGGUGAAUAAUCAUGGCAGUGUCCCAUCGAAUUUGUCAAGAUCCGUGAUAAAUUCUUCGGAUACGUCUGGCGGGCGUGCCGAUGAUGCAGCUAAUUCAACAAGGAGCCGUCACUAUAAUCCAGAUGGUUCCAAUAUGAAAAUUAAUGUGGAUGAUUUGGACUGGUUAAAGUUUGACGUUUAG